ACUCAAACGAUCCUACAUUGAGGCACAAAGUCGGCCGAAGAUUGCGGCAUGUGGGUGGUCGAGUGCCGUACUCGGCUACGAUUCACAGGUGGCUACGCCUGGUGCACAGAUGACCGGACCGCCUUGGAGUGGGCUGGCGGUGCGAGUGCCACGAAAGGCCCCACGGAGUCUGGCGUGAAUUCCGCCGGGGCGGCGGCCGACGACAGGAACAAUUCCAGCACCACGAUAAAUCUUUGCCACUCAGCACAAGGCGACGCCGACGACGACGGGGGGGGCCAAGAACUUCGAAGUGAGGAGGGCACGGGCGCCGGUGCGCCGUGGGAACUCGUGUAUCGGGGCAGGCGCUCGGAGUGCGUAGUUGGAUCCCUCUCGCUAGGCUCGAGCUACGCGUUCCGCUGCGCGAGAGAGAAUGCAGACGGGCAGGUUGGCCCUUGGUCGACCGAUCUCCGGUGCACCGUUCCCGGGUCUACUGAGAACUUCGACCGCAGAAGCAGCGGCGGCAACCGGAAAAGUAACACCAGCGACAACCGUAUGACCUCAAGAGCCGACCCACACGUCGCCGGGGACGCAACACGACUCCUGAAUGGUAUCGGCAGCUCCGACGCAAUCGCAGGGAACCAGCCACGCCCUAUGCCUGAAAGCAAGGCCACGGAAUUUCAGCCGCGGUUCAACCUCCUCGUGCCGGCUUUGGUCGACGUGUUCGCCCGCCUUGCCGAGGACGGCAGUCGCUGGAUUGGCAGCACGCACUCGACGCCCCUACGGCAACCACCGCCCCGGGCGGUGGCAAGCAGUAGGACAGCAGCAACUUCGGCCGCUACUCCUGCCGCCACCGCAGACUCGACGUCGACACAAACUGCCCACGACCGCGAACAUCAACAUUGGGCGUCUUCCAAGGGAAGUGGGUCGGCACAACAGGGGGAGACGGCGAAGAUGGUGUGGGACGAGCACUGGGAUUCCGAACGCCGUAUCCCUUUUUUUUGUCUCCGCGGGCGUGACCUGUCGGUAUGGCAGAUUCCGGCCCUCUAACACACCACCCGUCGUACAAAUGAUGAUGAAAUGUUGUAACCCACUCCGGCCGUCGUACGGGGUACG